CUGUCAACAAAACUGAAAACUGAUGAAAACGGAAAAGUGUGCUGAAAAGAUCACUGCAUUCAAUGUGAUCCUGAAAUAGAUUUUUGCGUGUGAUUGAGAAUUUAUUGGAUAGGUACAACAUGCAGUAAGUCCACUGAUCUUAAAACAUUAAUCAAUUAAACUAUCAAUCAAUGCGAGUACAUAAGUAUCAAUUGUGCUAAUAAAUUCCAUUCAAUUAAACCCACCAAAAUGAAUGAAUCGCCGGAGAUCAGUAACGUUUCUGGCGGCAAUGAUUUGGAAACCUUGGAUUACUUGCGCGGUGUCAAGUCGUCAACGUGCCUAUUGCUACCGACGACACCUAGUCCUACGCCGCUCGAUUUUAAACAUCCUCUAUCAGAAGAAAUGAGCGACCGUCCGUUUUUGACUUUAAAUGAUGAUCCUAACAUGGUUAAUUUACAAACAGAUGCCUCGGCAGGAGACUCCAGUUCUUCAGGAGAUUCUAGCUCAGUUGUUCAGGAUCCGGUCAGCGCUCAGCUCAUCAACAACAUCAGCAUGCUAGAUUACCAGACCCUCAGCAAGAAUGGUGACCUCAUUAUGGGACAGACUGAAGACUGCAAGCUGAAUGGGAAUCACAAUGUCAGCGGCAGAAAGCUACCAAAUUUUGUCAAUUGGAACUGGAGUGUCAUCAGGAAAGUACUUCUUUGGAUUGUUCUCUCUGGUCUCGUUGCUUGUCUGGGAGCUAUUAUAGGUAUGGUAGUUACUAUACCUAAGGAAUGUAACCCAGAUCUACCAUGGUAUCAAGGAAAAGUAUUCUAUGAAGUAUUUCCAGCCAGUUUUAAAGACUCCAAUCAUGAUGGCACAGGUGACUUAAAAGGUCUCAUAAAAAAAUUAGACUAUAUUCAGGAACUAGGAGCAUCAGCAAUAAGACUAAAUUACAUAUAUCAGGCACAAAAGUAUCCUGACCAAUACUUUAAUAUCACCUCCACUGUUGAAAUAGACAGAAGUCUUGGUGUUAUCAAAGAUUUUAGAGAUCUGAUUAAUGAGGUACACAAUAGGAAUAUGUCUCUGGUCCUAGAUCUGCCAGUAGUUUCUAUGAUAAAUUCUAAUGUAUUGGGAAAUUAUACUCAAGCUGUUUUAAUUUCAAAUGAAAGUGUCACAAACGUUGUUGAUCCUACAUAUGCAGCUCUGAAAUUUUGGGCUAGUGAGAAGGUUGAUGGUUUUUAUUUAAAAGAUCUAGAAAACUUUGUAGAUGAUGUUAGUUUUGGUAGAACUUUGCAAAUAUGGAAACAAAUGAUAGGCAGUAAUAAAAUAUUUAUAACCAGUGAAGCUGCUUAUGAGAAGGCUAAGGGUGAUGCUUUAAAUGUAUUGUUGUCUAGAAUUGAUCUUAUUGAUAUCCACUUAGACUUAAACAAUGGCAUUAGUGGUUUAAAAACUAGGAUUGAUAAUGUUAUAAAGGGCCCAUUGUGGGGUAAGCCUCAUUAUCCAUGGGUACAUUGGAAUAUUGGGAGCAUCCACAGUGAAAGAAUAUCAACAAAACAUGUGAACAACACUUUGGUGUUGACUGCUCUUGAAUUAGUUUUGCCUGGCACUGUUAGCAUAUUCUAUGGAGAUGAGAUUGGACUUGCUGGUCUAGAUGAUGUUGAAGGUGAUUUUCACGAGCAUAAAGAUGUGAGUAAUAUUGUUUCAAUGUCGUUUUCAAAUGAGAAACCAGAUCCUAUAAUUUUACCAUGGAAUUCACAAUCAAAUAGGAAACCAAACUACCAUUUCUUGGAUGUCAUUAAAAUGUUUACCAAAGUGAGAUUAGAAUCGCCAACAAUAUAUUUAAGAUCUAUUUACAAGGAAGGGAAUAAUCAAAAAAAUAUGGAAAUACGUGAAACUGAGGAGAAUUUAGUUGUGAUAGAGAGGUGGUAUCCUCGAAGGAAUACUUGUGUGUUUGUAGGGAAUUUGGGAAGUAAAUCAAUAACAACUGAUUUGUCUACCAUGUUUUAUGGCGGCACUGUGCUUGCAGGAACAAAUACCUCUCAAAUCGGACAAGUGUUAUAUUUCGAUAAAAUUACGUUCCCUCCAAAUUCUGCCAUUGUUUUAAAGUUAGAGAAGUAAACGAACUCUUUUAAUUAAUGAAUUUUUGAAUUAUAUCAGUAGGUUGUAUCGAAUGUCGAAAACAAAACGUAUUAUGUAUUAGGUACUUAAUCAUAUUAUACUAAGUACUUCUCAAAUUAAUUAUAUUUGUUAGGAAAGUUAGGUUUAUUUUAUAUACUUAAAACAAUAAUGUAAGAGUGAAAUUAAUUUUGUAAAAAUAGGAAUCUUCAUGGAAACAGAAUCUCGAGCUUCCGAAUGAUCUGAAUAUUAAUCUCAUUACUCAGUAAAGUAGCAGUAUUAUAUUAUAUUGAUAAUUUAUUUGAACAACAUAGAUGGUUUUCACAUAGAGCAUAGAAACUUGGUAUUUUUAGUACUUUAUGUUUUUUAUUUUAUAAAAUGUUGACUAUUUGUUCCUUAGCUACCAAAGAUAUUGUGUGUUUAAUAACUGAUGUAAUCAAUACUUUUAACUAAAAAGAUUUAGAUACUUAUAAAAUAAGUAAAAAAACAAAUUCAGAGUUACAAAAAAUUUAAUAUACAUUUGUACAUAUUGAAAACAAAUAUUAUGUACUUUGUAUUGCAUUAUUAUGUACACAUUAUGAUAUUAAAGUAAAUAAAUAGUUGUUGAAAU